AUGAGGUUCUCGCAUUUCUUGAAAUAUAAUGCUGUGCCGGAAUGGCAGAACCAUUAUAUGGACUAUAGUGAGUUGAAGAACUUGAUCUACACUUUGCAGACAGAUGAGUUGAAGAACGGUCCCAUCGGUAAUCAGCCACCGGAGCGUGGUCCCGUUGUGGAAGAAGAGGACGAAGUCAUCGCUUCGUCUUCGAAGCACUUUGCAGAGAAGCUCAAGAAGAAGUUCUUCUCCAAGAAGCCUUCUUCGAACACCACCGGUAGUCAUCUGGCGACUGAACAAUCCUCUUCCCAUGCCAUUCAUCACAGCAAGAACAAAGACGGUAACAAGGAGGCCAGUGUAGAAGAAGAGACCUAUGAACUAAAGGAUAUCAACCAGGCCUCUGCAAUCACAAACGCUGGUUCGCUGGCUGCCAAUAACAAUAGCAAAGAAGGUAAAAAUAGCAAAAGCUCGCCGCUAAGAAAAGUUAAGGAGAAAUUCUUUGAGUCACGUCGUUCUUCUUUGUCAAGCGAAGGCCAAACUCUGUUCAAUACCUAUGAUGCAUUCGUUACAAGCCUAACAGUAGAGAAAUUUAAAGUCGAUGACUUCUAUAAGAGAAUUGAGGCCAAAUUCUACGAGAGAUUCGAAACUCUAUCUAAGGAUUUGGAAAAAGAAGGCAUGGUUAUUGUGACUAGACAUCCAUCAUUGUCGCAUACAGAAAACGUAGACUCUCCAUUUGCGGAUGCCAUGAACAAGGAUACUCAAGUUGAUGAGCAUGGAAACGUUGCGCCAAUUACUUCAAUUGACAAAAAUAACUCUUACCUAGAAGUAUCAGAAGAUGGUGAAGACGAAGACGACUUUGUCGAUGAAGAUGUGUUCUCAGAAAGCGGUGACAAUACCGCGCUACUAAAUUACUCACAAUUUAACGUCAAGUCUCAAAGGAAAUCGAUUCUUAAACAAUCGAUAAUUAACUUAUAUGUGGACCUAUGUCAACUAAAGUCAUUCAUUGAAUUAAAUCGUAUGGGUUUCAGUAAGAUUACUAAGAAGUCAGAUAAGGUAUUGCUCUUAAACACCAGAGAGGAAUUGAUACAUUCUGGUGAAUUCUUUAAAGACACAUACGUCUUCCAAGAUUCCACUCUAAUGAUACUGAAUGGUAAAAUCGCACAAUUGGUUGAGUUUUAUGCCAUGAUAACUGGUCAUGAGCGCGGAAAUAUUGCACAAGCAAAGCAAGAACUUAAGUCUUACCUACAUGACCACAUUGUUUGGGAACGUAGUAACACAUGGAAAGACAUGUUGGGUUUGCUAUCCCAAAGCAAAGAUAUAACUACCGAUAUUGAUGGAGCCGUUGCAAAUGCACACUCUAUUAGUAAACUAGACUUGGAAUAUUACGAGUAUCCUCUACCAAGACCCAUUCCACUUAAAUUUACAACUAUUUAUAAGUUGCAAGUUCCUAAGUUAUUUUUUACGUUGAAGGCCUUCAAAAUUGCUUUUAUAUUUGUUGCCACUGCUAUCCUUUUGGCAGUUCCAACCUUCCACGAUCCUGCUCAGCACAGAUGUAUGGCACUUGUUGAAUGUGUCGCCUUUUUAUGGGCUAGUGAAGCAAUCCCUCUUCACGUUACAGCUUUCUUGGUUCCGUUGCUGGUGGUUUUAUUCAAAGUGUUGAAAGACUCAAAUGGCCAUGUUAUGAAGGCUGCUGAAGCAUCAACUCUUAUAUUAUCAACAAUGUGGUCAUCUACUAUUAUGAUUUUAUUGGCUGGUUUUACACUCGGGGAGGUCCUCGCACAAUAUAAUAUUGCUAAAGUUCUGGCGUCUUGGUUACUUGCUUUUGCUGGUACUAAGCCAAGAAAUGUCUUACUAAUGGCUAUGAGUGUUGUCUUCUUUUUGUCUAUGUGGAUUUCUAAUGUUGCAGCACCAGUUUUAACAUACUCUUUGUUGUCACCAUUACUUGAUCCGCUAGAUGCUUCCAAUCAAUUUGCUCAAUCCCUGGUGUUAGGUAUCGCUCUUGCUGCUAAUAUUGGUGGUCUUUCAUCGCCUAUUUCCUCUCCUCAAAAUGUUAUCUCGAUGCAAUAUUUGAAGCCUUACGGUAUUGGAUGGGGUCAAUUCUUUGCAGUGGCUCUACCAACCGGUAUCUUGAGUAUGUUGUUAGUUUGGGGUUUAAUGUGUAUGACAUUUAAAAUUAACUUAACCAAACUUGACAAAUUUACACCAAUAAGGACCAGAUUUACAUUAAAGCAGUACUUCAUCAUUGUUGUAUCUAUUGGAACUAUUUUACUAUGGUGUGUGGAAUCGAAGAUUGAGGGUGCAUUUGGUUCUUCUGGUAUCAUUGCUGCUUUACCAAUUGUGCUAUUUUUUGGUACUGGUUUACUAAGUACUCAUGAUUUGAACACUUUUCCAUGGUCUAUUGUUAUCCUAGCUAUGGGUGGUGUUGCCCUUGGUAAAGCUGUUUCUUCUUCUGGUUUGUUGUCAACUAUUGCUAGGGCUCUUCAAAAAAGAAUUGAUCAUGACACUGCACUUGCUGUUUUAUGUAUAUUUGGUGUUUUGAUGUUGGUUGUGGGUACUUUUGUUUCGCACACAGUUUCAGCAAUUAUUAUUAUUCCAUUGGUCCAAGAGGUUGGUGACAAACUGAACGAUCCAAAGGCUGCACCUAUCCUUGUCUUUGGUUGUGCUCUAUUGGCAUCGGCAGGUAUGGGUCUGGCAUCAUCUGGUUUCCCUAAUGUUACAGCAAUUUCAAAGCUUGACAAAAAGGGCAAUAGGUACUUAAGCGUUGGUACAUUUUUAUCCAGAGGUGUACCUGCCUCCCUAUUAGUGUUUGUUUGUGUUAUUACAUUGGGUUACGGUAUUAUGCAUUCAGUUUUGAAGGCACCUACCCAAAGUGCCACAUGA